AUGGAAGCAUUUGCGUGUCAUUUUCUUACUGACAGCUUUGCCAGUGGACACAUUAGGUAAUGAUCCAUCCAGUCAGGCUAUGUUGUAAUGUUUUCAUUCAUUGCUAAGGGUCUCUUAUUACAGCGUGAAAGGAUUACAACGUCAAAGGCAGUUUUCAGUUAAAGAAAAGCCAUGGGUACAAGGAUCGAAAAACCCUCCACGGUACACGGUUGCGUGUACUUGUUUGUGACACUUUUUGAAUUUCAAAUGCCGAUUGUUUGUAUUUUAAGUAACUAAAAAAAGUAAUUUUGAUAUUGAAAAGUACAUCACAAGUGAAUUGUUUUAAAAAGGAAAAAUAGCUGUAUAAAUAUAUUCGUUUAUUUUACGGAACUUUGAUGCCUUGUAGUUAGGUUUAUUUUUAUAAAUCUUUCAUGAGAUGGCGUCAUGCUGACUUGUUAAGAAUCUGAAUAACAUCCAUAAAAAUAUCUACUUGCAGGACGCCAAGAGUUGAGCUUGGAAGGGCGACCAUUCUUGGAAAAAAAGGCCAUUUACUCAGUAAGUACAUGCAUGACGAGGACAACAAACAUGGUGUGCGUGUGACAAAUCUGAGGGGUGAUAAAUGGAUUGCAUAUGGUGAUGGGAUGUUGCUCGAAGGAAAGAGCAGAGAUAAUCUUAGGAUUGUAGUAAAAGCUGUGCAGAUUUCAGUUGAUCAAGUCUACGAGGCGUACAGCAACCCCACCAAAGCUCUUGAUCCUUCUGGGGUGACCGAAUUAAUACCUUUUAUUGACCUCGAGGAGACAAACAACGCCCCACUUUUUCAGGUGAAGGAUGGCAAAGUCCACAGAAGAUCAAGCAAGAAUGAUCUUUAG